CAAAGGAAGUAUUGACAUUCACAUGCGGAAGUAAGAGUGGGGAAAACAAUCGGGUGGAUCGACGAACAGUAACUUUUAAUAAGUAGAAGAAACAAACGGCGGCGUAAUAUCUGGCUUGAACAGCUGCGGAUUUCUCUGGUGGACGUUUUCCACAUAAAGAAAAGUCAAGAUGGAGUUCCUAUUUGGAAAAAGAAAGACUCCGGAGGAGAUGCUCAGACAGAACCAGAGAGCACUGAAUCGAGCCAUGAGAGAUCUAGACAGAGAACGCCAGAGAAUGGAGCAACAGGAAAAGAAAAUAAUUGCUGACAUUAAGAAAAUGGCCAAGCAAGGACAGAUGGAUGCUGUUAAGAUUAUGGCUAAGGACUUGGUUCGUACAAGGCGGUACGUUAAGAAAUUCAUCAUGAUGAGAGCCAAUAUUCAAGCUGUCAGCCUUAAAAUCCAAACGCUCAAAUCUAACAACAGCAUGGCACAAGCCAUGAAAGGAGUCACCAAAGCUAUGGCCACCAUGAACAGACAGCUGAAGUUACCACAGAUUCAAAAGAUCAUGAUGGAGUUUGAGCGCCAAAGUGAAAUAAUGGACAUGAAGGAGGAGAUGAUGAAUGAUGCAAUCGAUGAUGCAAUGGGAGACGAAGAUGAUGAAGAGGAGAGUGAUGCUGUGGUAUCUCAAGUUCUGGAUGAGCUGGGUCUGACACUGUCUGAUGAACUUUCAAACCUGCCUGCUACUGGAGGAAGUCUCUCAGUUGCAAGUGGAAAGAAAGCUGAACCACAGCCUACGCUGGCAGAUGCUGAUGCUGACCUGGAGGAGAGGUUGAAUAACCUCAGAAGAGACUGAGAAUAAAAAUACUUUUAGUAAAGACUUUUUAUAAAUGCAGAAAUGUUUGUGCAAAGUUCACUUUACUGAAAUUUAGACUGACGCAAAGAAAAGAGGGAGGAAUAUUGGAGUAUGUGGAUGCGGUCUCUGUUUUGUUUUGUCAUUUGUCAUUGUCUCUUCUAAUGAUACUGGACAUGCUGUAUAAAUGUUUCUUCACCAAAAAAGUAACCCAAAUGAGAUGCAAUGCAUCAGACUGCUUUCAAGUCUUCUGUUUAGACAAAUCAUUUAUAGAGGUGAUAAAUUCUGAUCAACAAACAACUGGUUGCCAGAGAAUACAAGGUUCCAACUUAACUUUUAAGGAAAACUAACACUAAAUAUUGAAUUACUAUAAAAAUGGUUUAUGACAUCAUCUUUUAAAUAAAUAAUAAAUGUGGAUGGUGGUACUGAACUUUUAUAUAAAUGGUGUAAAAUGUAGCCACUGGAGUUUUUCAAUCUCUCUAUAUAAGGGGACCUCAGACUACCCUCUUUGAAAUACCUGUGCUAUUGUAAUAUCUAAUAGAUCUCUGCUAAUUAUAUUUUAAUCUUGAUCUUUCAGUGAUACUUGUAUAAUAAAAGUUUUUAUUUGUUUCUCA